AUGUCUCCAAGACCAAAACUCACCCUCUUUGUGGACAUAGUCAGUCCAUUCGCAUACAUGGCCUUCUACGUUCUGCAAAAAUCACCAGCCUUCAAACAAGUAGACAUCACCUACAUCCCAAUCUUCCUGGGUGGCGUAAUGAAAGCAUGCGACAAUCGACCUCCAAUUUCCAUCACGAACAAAGCAGGAUACAUUGAAUCAGACCGAAAACGCUGGUCCAAAUACGCCAACAUCCCCAUGGCGAAGGAGAUGCCCAAGGGUUUUCCUCCAUUUACUCUGCAUGUCAUGAGAGCAUUGGCCGUGGUAGAAGUUUCUCAGCCGGAUAAACUAGCGCCCUCGAUUGCAGCACUCUACAAAGCAAUGUGGGUAGAUACAAAAGCCAUCGCUGAGCCUGCUGUGUUUGAAUCCGUACUUGCCGAGGUGCUGGGUGAUGAGGGAGCCAAGAGUGUUGUUAAUCAGCAUACAAAGUCAGAGGCAAAGGCAAAGUUGACGGCGAAUACCGAUCUGGCGUUCAAGGAGGGUGCGUUUGGCUUGCCGUGGUUUGUGGCUACCAACAGGGAAGGCGUGACGGAGAAGUAUUGGGGCUUUGAUCAUUUGGGCAUGGUGGUGGAGCAUUUGGGAUUGGAUAGAGGCCAGGCUACUGAACUGAGAGCGAUGUUGUAG